AUGAUUGACCAGAUUAUAGCCAAUCUACUCCGGAAAACGUUGGAAACACAAAAACCAAAAUUUUCUGGUAGCAAAAUGGAAAAUAUUACUGACUGGGUGAAGACGGUAACAGUUAAAUUCAAGUUGGCCCACUGUCCAGAACAUGAAAAAUUAGAUUGGGUUCCAACAUUUUUACGUGGAGAAGCAUUACUUUGGUGCAUGAAGAGGAAGAAUGAUAUUCAAACAUGGAGUGACGAUAUUUGUGAAAAAUUGAUCUUUAAUGCUUUUUGA